AGACUUUCUGGAGAGCAAGGAGUUGAAGAAAAUUUCCCUUUGGGAAAUCGACCGACUCGGGAUAUGGGGCUCCGCCGUGCGUCCUUCCAGCUGGUGCAACGCGCUACGUCAUGGCGUCGUCAGCCAAGACAAUGGACUCUUGGUCGGCUAACCUGACACUUCUGAAGAACGCCUCGGCUUUGCCAAUGACAGAGUCAACUACGAUAACCGUCACCUGCAUCGCCUUCGCUCACGAAUUCGCACGACUCCGCAUUCACGACGCGAAGGAGAAGGAGUUUGAGACACCCGUACCGCCAGUCCCGCAAGACGACGGCGCUACCUACAUUUCCUAUGACUUCACAUACCAUGGCAAGUUCCUCACUGUCAGCCCUAACAGCUUUCCCAGAUACAACUUGCGUUUCCUGUUGGGCAAAAUGUUCCACGCUGACGGCCUCAAGCAGCUGCCCGUCAAGUUACCCGGCGAAAUCGUCUACGGUCUGCGAGGGCCGCGCAGGGUCCCCUUCGCUAACUUCAGCCAGUGGAGCAACCACACAUUCUUCACGUCCCACGGACAGGUGGGUUCCUUUCACUGCAACAACUUUGACUCGGUAACGAGCUAGUAGGGUUUCACAUCGUUUUUACACCACACGAUCGUUUCACGGAAGGCUUAUUCUUUCUAAUAAUUUAAGUAACAAGAAUAACAGAGAGCUGAGCUAGUUCGUAAGUAUUCAUUCUAAAA